GGCUAGAAAAACACCUUUUUUUUUCUAUCAAACACAGAAAAACUCAGUCUUACGGGUACUGCACUAAUGCAUCCCAACCUCGUCCCCUCCGCCACCACCACCGCCGCCGUUUCCACCGACAACUCACGUCUUCCACCACCGAAACGCGUUGUCUUCCGCCUCCUCUGUCAUGCUUCUCGUGUCGGAGGAGUUAUCGGAAAAUCAGGUUCCAUCAUCAGGCAACUUCAACAAGACACCUCUGCUAAAAUUCAUGUUGAUGUUUCCACACCCAACUCUGACCACAACCGCCUCAUCGUCGUUGUAGCCUCCGCUUUAGUUAACAAGAAGAUAAGGUUCUCAGGCCCCAUUGGAGAUGAGCAGCAUUGGAAUGAUGAAGAUGAAAUUGAGGUUUCCGCUGCACAGGAGGCGCUUGUUAGGGUUUUCGAGAGGGUGAUUGAAGUAACAGCUGAAAAUAAUGGAGUUGUUUUGGCUGCGGAGAAUGUGAUUUCGUGUAGGUUGUUGGUUAAGGGUAAUCAGGUUGGUGCAUUGAUGGGUAAAGGUGGGAAAGUAAUUGAUGCAAUAAGAAGAGAAAAUGGAUGUAGGAUUAGAGUAUUAACUUCAGAUAAGUUGCCAUCUUGUGCUUCGUCUAAUGAUGAAAUUGUCGAGAUAGAAGGGGAAAUUCUGGCCGUCAAGAAAGCGCUUGUUGCUGUCAGUCGCCGCCUUCAACAUUGUUUCUCUGUGGAAAGGAAUAGAACGGUUGAGAAUGCACCACUUGAGUUGGACGUCGAGCAGACUUUGCCUCCUCAACCAGUUGAUCUACCUGCACAAAGGAGUUCAAUGUCACAGCCAAUAACCACAAGCUCAUUCUCAGAUGCUGACAAAUUUUCCAGCAUUGAUUCAAAAACGCCAUUACAAGAGGUUGCUUUUAGGGUUCUCUGCACAAAUGAUAAGGUAGGGUCUAUAAUUGGAAAGGGUGGAGCAAUUGUUAGGGCUCUUCAGAACGAUAGCGGAGCAAGCAUCGCUGUUGGGCCAAAUGUUGUUGACUGCAACGAGCGAAUGAUAACUAUUUCUGCAUUGGAGAAUCUAGAAUUACGGAAAUCUCCAGCACAAACCGCUGUUGUUCUUGUUUUUGAUCGGAUUCUGGACGCUGGCUCGGGUAUGAAUUUGGGCACAAGAUCACUAAUUACAUUUCGACUUGCGGUGGCACAUAGCCAAGUUGGUUGUUUAUUGGGUAAGGGAGGCGCAAUAAUUUCGGAGAUCAGGAAGGAGACAGGUACCAGCAUACGAAUAUUUAGAGGUGACCAAGUUCCUAAGUGUGUCUCGGUCAAUGAUGAAGUUGUACAGAUUGCAGGUGAGUUUGUAAACGUACAAGAUGCUUUACGAAAUGUCACUGGUCGGUUGCGUGAUAACCUCUUGGCAGCGAAGGUGUCAAAUGCUGGGGUCAGCAGAAACAGCUCUUCGUUGGCACCUGAAAGUAGUCCCUCUGGCCAAAUGAAGGAAUCUCCUUUUGGAUUUCAUCGGUCUAGUGGUGUCUCACAUGGUAUCAAUCAGCAUUCUGAAUUAACGCGAUCUAUUGAUAACCUUGCAAUUUCCAACAAGAUAGAUCAUCCUCCAUCACCAGGGCUGUGGUCAUCACAGACACGACAAGGAGUAAACCAAAGAGGUGUUUUUGAUGUCGGCAAAGGAUCUAAUUCAGUUAAAGGCGGCAUAGAACUUGGAAGUGGAAGCAGAUCUGCCAUUGUGACCAAUACGACUGUGGAGAUCUUGGUUCCUGAAAACAUUAUCAGCUCUGUGUAUGGGGAGAAGGGGAGCAACAUAACUCGUUUAAGACAGAUUUCAGGAGCAAAGGUCAUGGUACACGAGCCCCGCCCAGGAACAACUGACAGGAUUAUUGUGAUCUCUGGGACUCCGGAUGAAACCCAGGCAGCUCAGAGCCUCCUUCAGGCAUUCAUACUAACUGAAUCACCGUGAACUUAUCAGAUGGAGCCCAAUUUUGUACACUGAACUAGUACAGUUUGAUCUCUUUUAGCAGCUAAUUUACUUUUUUCAAGUAGCCGUUCAUCCAUAACAUACUUUGUAUACUAUGUGACGUGAUGACUUUAAGGUUGUUGUUUUUGGUCUUUUGAGGAUACCUUAGGAAAUAAGACCUUUUUUUUUUUUUUUUUUUUUUUGGUAUAUCCAAUUGACUAUGCCGUUAUAAUGUGUUAAUAUGCGCAAGCGUUUAUUCUUUCAUUUGAAAGUGGAUUAGUUGACAUCUUUA